GAAGAUGUACUCCGUGUUAUGAUUUCCUUCAGCUUCAUAUGGAGAGAAAGAGGCAGGGCUGGACGGAGUUGGAAAAGGAAUAUUGAUUUAUUACAUCUUUGGGAAAUUAACCUUGGAGACAUUCUUCAUUCCUGCUAUAGACGACUGACUCUACCUGAUAUACUGUGUGUGGUGCAGUGUUGUCAGUGUUACCUGUGUCAUCCGUCAUUCACCUGGAGCUGCUUUUGUAUUAGUGGAAGUGCAGGAGAAAGGAAACCCAGCACAGUCAGACAGUAGGACAGGCAGAACUCAGGAUGCCUCUGUUCUUCAAGAAGAAGAAGCCCAGCGAUGACUCAAAGAAGAGACUGGAAUACCAACUAUGCCGGUCUAAGGAGGCAGGUGCUGAUGACAUCUUGGACAUAUCCUCCUGUGAGCUCUCUGAGGUUCCUUCAAGUGCCUUUUCCAUUUGUAAGGUGCUUCAGAAGAAGGUCUUUAUUCUCCACACCAAUGAAUUACGGUCUGUGCUGCCCAAAGGAUGUGACAUCAGCACUCUAGCCACUUUAAAGGUUUUGGACUUACAUGAAAAUAAUCUUACCUCAUUGCCAGAAGACAUGGGGAAGCUGGUGUCACUGCAGAUUCUAAAUGUGGAGAAGAAUCAUUUAAAGGCCCUGCCAGAAUCCAUUGGCUUUCUACGGCUCCUGCAGACACUAAACUUGAAAAGUAACCGUCUCACAGAACUGCCAGCCUCAGUUGGAUCUCUGAGCAGCCUGCGCACUUUGGACAUUAGUGACAACAACAUCACACAGCUUCCCAAAACUCUGGCAUAUAUCCGCACCUUGGAGAGCUUUACACUAGAUGCUGUUAAGAUGUCAUACCCACCGGACUCUGUGUGUACAGAAGGUACAGAGAGCAUCCAGCGUUUCCUCUGCGAUGAGCUGGGUGAGGAGUACUGCCCCCCAUCCCAGUACCUCCUGCCAGUGCUGGAGAGCGACUGUGGAAAACAGAACAGUGAUUGUUUGGAUGGCUUGGAGGAGGCCUGGCUGAACAAAUUCAGUGACUACGAGAAGAGAAAGGAGCAGAAGCAGCAGGAGAAGUUGGCCUUUGAGCGACAUUUGGAGCAGAAACAAAAGGAACAUACACAGCUUUUACUCAUGAACACCUCUCAUAAGGAAAACAUCCUUAAUUCAGUCCGACAGGAGCAAGAACGUCUGGAACAGGGGGUGAGCCAGCAGCAGAGGGCUCAGGAGGCUGAGAGGCUGCUGAUACUCGAGAAAGUCCGACAAGCUGAGGAUGACACCACCAGUCGCAUAGACACCAUGUUGAUGAACAACACCCGACAGAAAAAGAGUGCAGAGUUUCUUCAAGCUUUGGAAGAAGAUCGGAUCCGUAUGGAGCAUCUGACUGCCAUCACACAGGAAGAAGCCAACUCACUGAGGAAGAGGGAGGUGGCAGCGGCCAUGCAGAAGAUGCUGUCAGACAGCUGUGCUAUGAGUCUUCUCCAGAAGGCCAGUGACUCUCGCAGACAGUGUCUGGUCUCUGAGACCUACAGGAGUAUGGAGAACUUGGACAGAAAGUUUGAUCAGAUGCUGUCCCUGCAAGUUUUGGACAAAUCUAAAGCCAUCGCUCAGAUCUUACAGGAGGAGGAGAUGCAGAAGGCAGCAUUCCAGGCCCUGCAGCUGCAGAAAGACAGUGUGCAUGGCCUCAUCCGCACUCAGAUCAAGCUCAUAGAGGGAGAGUUAAUGCAGCUGACUAAACUGGAGAUUAAAAGACGCAGUCUGGAUGCUGAGAACCUGCAGGAAGUUCUGGUGGAUCAGCGCACAGCUCUCAGUGAUUUGUUGCAGCAGCUUCUGAAGCAGAGAGACCAAAGAGAGCAGGAACUGCGACAGGUUCUGGCUGAGAUGGAGCUAAAAUCAGAGUCUAACCAGCAGAACUACUGGAUGAUUCAGUACCAGAGACUUCUGGAUGCGAAGCCCCUGUCACUGCGUAUGCAGGAAGCGGGUGUGGAGAGAGAGUUAGUCAACCUGUUGUGCAAACUUUCUGCUCAGCACUAUCUACCCAUUCUGGCUCACAAUCGAGUGACGACUGAGGCGCUCCGCCACAUGAGUGCCUCUGACCUCAAGAAGCUGGGCAUUACUGAAAUAGGCAUCCAGAAAGCUCUACUGAAAUGGGCCAGUGAGCACCCCCCCGAAGAAGGAGCUUGUAAAGCUGUGGAGCAGGAAGAGGGAGAAGUGGUUCCCACAGCUCCAACAGCUCCAACUCCCUCCCCUCUAAGGCUUCCCAAUGCCUCGCCCAUCCAGAUGCCCAGCCCACCGCUCACCCCAGGUACCCCUGUCACCCCAUCAGCCCCCAGCCCCGUGGAGGGACCAGGGAGCUCCGAGUGUGUGGUCUGCAUGGAGACUGGGUCUCAGGUCAUCUUCCUGCCAUGCGGUCAUGUAUGCUGUUGUCAGGUGUGCAGCGAUGCUCUGCAGAACUGCCCUCUGUGUCGCAGCACCAUAUCUCAGCGUGUACGUCUCUUCCACAGCUAAAAAAACUCCCUCACUACACACCGCUGUCUUUAUUUGUGCAUGAUCGUAAAGCUGCUGUGAGCUAAUCUCAUCACAUAGAAAAGCUUUUAGAAGGUUUUCAAUUACUGAGCCACUUUCUUGGGUUAACCAAACAAUACUUUGUGACAUAAGAGAAAUCUUUUUAAUGGUUUUUGUAGUCACUGGCAUGAAAGCCGUAUUUUAUCUCUUCUUUUUUACUUCUGUCCUUUUUAUUUGUGUUUGUAUUUUAAGAUCCAAACGGAUCACAAUGCUCAGUGUUUGGUUAAAGACUGACUGUUCUUUGCCUUAGCAUACCCUCUCAAGAGACAUGUGCCUUUUUCUGGAAAUCUUUUUUUUUUUUUUUUAGUAAAUUAUAUUAUUUGUCUGUGUUGUCAACCAAAGUAACACUUGUCUAACAUUUAUAGCGUAAGAUCUCACAUCAGGGCUGGAUGUCAUUGCACUAUGUUGUUUUGAAAUCACUGCCAGAAGCUUCUCUGGUUUUCUCGUUUUAAUCAUCUAUGUCCAAUACAAUUAUCAAGUGUCAGUUGUUUAGAAAAAUGUAUGUAAAAGCAUAUCAGCUUGGAAACUAACACAGUUUUUAAGACAUUUGGAUCCAUUAACCGGGGCUAAAAUGUGCACUGCUGACCCAUCAUUAAUAACUCUAUUACUCUGUAUUUAUACUAUAUACAUAUCUCUAACAAUAAUACUAUAUUAUACUGAGGAACAUGUCUCCAGCUUUGCUGCUUUAUAAUUUCAAACUAAAUAUAUUGUAUGUGGUCAUCUUGUAAGACGAUACUUACUAAAAUAAUGUUGGUUUUAAAGGGACUCAUUAGUUUCAGUUUAGUCUGAAAAUCGCCAUUUGGGAUUGGAGACCAUAUAUUGCAAAGCAUGCAACUACUACCAGAUAAUUUGUUUCAUGGUAUUUAUCAGACACACUAGGUGUGAUUACUGACACUUUAGGGGUGCAUUAUGGGAAAUGUAGGACUCAGUGUUGAUGGAUUGUGAGCCAUAUAGAAGAGAAUGAAGGCAGGAAGUUUUUGAUUCUGCCACAGCAAUUUUAACUGUCCUUUUCUAAUGAUCUCUGGCAAGUGCUCAAACUGUAGAAAGGGCAGUAAUUAUUUGUUGGAGAACCCCUUUAAAUUUUUCUCUUUUUUUUCCACCACAUAGGAACCCAUUUUAACAAAAGGCUAUAAUAAAGCAGACUUAUUUAUUAAAUUAUCCCAGAUUAUCAUGACACAGAUUCCAUUCCUUCUUGGCCCUUGGAGAGUUGUCACCACUAAUUUAAACUAUCACAUGUGUUACAUGAUGUAUGUAUCAACUAACAUAACUACACUUGCUGGUCACUAUCACUAGUGCUAUUAGCCUCUUGAAGUGCUCUUAACUUUGACAUCUUCGCAUGGUACAGGUUAUAGCUUGACUAACUGUAUGUGAAUCUGUUCAUUGUAGUGUGUAAAAUAUUCUACAUGAAUCCAUCAACAAACACCUGGAUUAAAGUGUAUCUGUGUCAU